ACUACGAUUAUCCCAAUCACACAUAGCGAUAAAAAGAUUUUCUUUCGCUAUUAUUUUACAUAAUAUUUAGAUUGUUAAGUAUUAUAGGCUAUGUUUUCUAUUGGGACGUUCUAAACAUUUUAAACAUUUUUGGCUGUAACAGUUUUUUGAGGUCAACUAUGAAGUCAAUCUUGUAAAAACACCGCUUGAAACUAUGGUUCUAAAUUAUUUGUUUAAAAGGAGGCCAGAAUAUAAAGCUAAAAAAUUACUAUGUUUCUCCAAAGAACAAAUGUACGAAGUGGUAUCAGACGUCCAAAACUAUUCAACUUUCUUACCAUUUUGCACCAAAUCAACGAUCCAAAACCAAAAUCCAGAUGAGAUAAGAGUAAAUUUAGAAAUCGGUUUUCCACCAAUAUGCGAAAAUUACACAUCAGUUGUCACAAUGAACAGACCAAAUGUGGUAUUUGCAAGAAGUGCAGAUGGGAGGCUCUUCGAAUACUUGGAAACUGUUUGGCGGUUUAGCUCUGUUCCUGAAGGCGAUCCGAUGACGUGUAUCGUAGAUUUUUCUAUCAGGUUUAAAUUUAAAAAUGCUCUUUACUCCCACGUGGCUUCGAUUUUUUUCGGGAAGUUGGUGAAAAGCAUAGAGAAUGCUUUUAUUUACGAAGCCGCGAGAAGGUACGGGAAGCCUUCUGGUGUCAUAGCUGAUUUACAAGAUUGACUGCACUAGGUUGCCCGAAUAUACAUCAAUAAACCAUUUAAACUA